ACUUCAGUCUGAGUCAGUCCCGCACGUUCGACACGACACGCGGUGCUCGUGCGCGAUGUACACAACGAGCAUUUCGGCGCUGCAGUUUACGCUCCUACUAUAGGCAGCUUGCCGACGAAGCUCCCUCAUUUCUUUUUCUCUUCUUUCACAGUAUCAAGUUAAAAUCAUCCAAUUUUCUCUCCAUUUAUUUUUCCUGUGAAAAGGAAAGCGUUUCUGCAACGCGACGCCACUGAACAGUCACUCGCGUCCGUUACAUUACUCCGUUUCUCGCGUGCAGUGAGAGAAGAGUGUUUAUAUCACGCAUACAAGUGAUUUCUUUCGGCCGAACCAGUGCAACAUCCGGAACAUAAUCCAGGUCUACGUCUACCUGUCGUACAAGGAGGACACGAACUGGAAUUUCGGACCGGAAGACUGUCCUUCUUGAGGCCGUUGUCCCGUCCCGUGCCGUGAACGUGACACUAAAACCGGUGUUUCGGAUUACCAAAAAGAAUCUCUGAAAGAGUAUGUUUUAUACCAUCUCUACAUAUCCUGAAGCUACAAAUAUACUAUAAGGGAUUCAGAAGCAGAACGAAGAAAAUAAUAAAAUGUUAGAAGGAAGUAUGAAAAUUACCUUGAACUUUGAUUUGAUAAGAAGUAGCCACUUUUGAUCGGCGUCAAGUCAUUUCCGGAAGUAAAACCUGGUUUACACGUGCUCGGCGUUACAUCGACGAGUGACCGGAGCGUGGAAUCAUUUAUGAAUGGAUGGAGGUUGGACGGAGACGUCGGGCGGAGAAUUGGGCGCGAGCCUGGAAGAAUUGGAGGGAUGGAGGACCAACUCCAGAAUCGCUAUCUGGAGCCUCGUCCUCUUCGGUUCAAUAAUCUUGAAUGCCACUCUCCUCCUGGCUUUCCUCAAACGACCCGGACUUCGCACACUUUCCAACAGAUUCGUGAUGAACUUGACAGUGUCAAACCUGGUGACCUGCAUCUUUCUGACCGUCCUCUUCAUUUUCAACAACACAACGUCGUCUUACACUCCAAGUCUCUGCGCAAUAUCAGAAGGUGGUACAGCCUUUGUGACAACAUCCUCCAUCCUCGCAGUUCUUCUCAUCGCCCUAGACCAGUACUUUGCAGUCGUCGAUCCUCUCAGAUACAGGAGUCGAGUCGACAAAAUAAAAUGUGGACUCCUCAUCGUCUCAGUCUGGAUAAUCGCAGCUCUCUUCGGUUCCCUAGCAGCCUUCAACCCAAACCCACGUAGCCUCUGGCAAAGUUGUGCCAGGGCUUCGGAUUCGCUCUCCAAAUAUAAUCUGAACACCACCGUCAACCUAGAUUUCAACUCCAACCAGAAUAUUUUCUUCGAAAACGAGGACGACCUAGACCUCAAAACCCAGGUCAAUUUGCCUGACAAGCAUUACGGCUCCGACUUGGAAGAAGACCUAGAACUAAUGGAGAACACCACAGCUCUUCUGCGAACUGCUUUCCUCGAAAGCUACCGGAACUUCCCUCUCGAAGAUCCCAAUGAAAAUUUCACCUAUGGUCUCGUUUACUCCAUCACCUUCAGCAUCUUCGUCUACCUUCUGCCCUUUUUAACAGUCUGCUGGAUCUACAUCAGCAUCUACACAGCAGCGAGAAAAAACUCUGAGAGAACUAGAAGAACGGGCUCAAGACCAAUUCUCUCUUCAGGAAGCUUCUGCGAGGAAUACUGCCAGAUGAAGCAGGAACCUCCGGAAGAAUUCCGAAGGAUCCCGAAAAUCUCGAGUCUCUCCUCCAUCGACGAAAGCAGCGAGACACCACCUAGUCAAAUAACCCGAAGCAAGAGCUCCGAGCAUGUCCUCUCUUCCAAUUCUAUAGGACAAGAAGACAGGAAUCGAAUUUCGUCUGUGAUCUUUACAGUUGGAUCUCAGGAAGUCGAUGUCUCUCCACAAAAAGCUGAUGAAGAUACCAAAGAUACAAAAGUUCCUAUCGCGAGUCUCAAAGCAAAAUUCCUGGGUCAGCGGGACCAACGUCCGACUGAUGAACUCGUCAAGAGCAAGUUUCCCGAUCCACCCGAUCAGAGGCGAAAAUCCUCCCAUGAUCUCAUGUACGAGGAGAUGAUGCUUCAGAGGAAGAUGAGUGGCAUCAGCGACACUUGUGACGAAAGCAGCGACGAGGAAAUGAUUACUUUCAUGGGAGGUAAGCCUUUGCAGGAAGUUAAGGUCGUCGAGAUGAGAAAUCUUUCCAUUGAAAAGAGCAGUAGUGAGGAUUCUAAUCAUUCAAAUCAUAAUCAUUCGGAUCAGAUCCUAAUAGAGUCUUCCAGAUUCUUGAACGUCGAAUCUGAAAUGCCGAAUGGUUUCAGAUCUGAAAGAAACUACAACUCGAAGAUGUCUCUUGCCUCAGCAAAUACGGAAUCCUCAUCGACAAAUCUGCUGAGUGCUUCGCAGAACACACCAAUUGUCACCGUCACUCCUCCUUAUAAAGUUCCUCUUCACCGCGCUUCCAGUGUCAGGAGUACUUCAAGCUACAUUAAUUCCUUGAAAUACAGAAUCAGCAAUGGCUCGAUUUUUAAGUACAGAGAAGAAACGAGAGCUGCGAGGAUAAGUGCACUUGUUAUAGUGAUGGGACUGAUUUGUUGGACACCUUAUGUCGUUCUCCUGAUGUUGAGGAAUUUGUCCAAUGAGGAGAAUUCUCUUUCUCAAAGAUUCGACACAAUUGUACUGAGCUUCCUGGUUCUUUCGACCUAUGUGAGUCCUCUGCUUUUUGGAUAUCGUUCCAAGAGGGUCAAGAGAGAAUUGAGAAAGUUUUUUUGCUUCAGAAGAGAACUCUCUUACAAGAAUAAUAGGAGUCUGAUGGCGAAGAAGGUACUUAAGAGGAGGCAAAGUGGAAAUCUGAGUCAGCUGGAGAUGGAGUCGAAGUACAAUAUUUUGAAUUGUGUUUACGGAAGGAAUAAGUGGCCCAAGGAGAAGGUUCAUUUUGUUCAGGUCCCAGAAACGGCUCUUGCUAUCGAGACCUGCAGAAGCAGCUUUUCCAGUGGGGCUAGUACUCAAAUAUCGAGUACUUCGACUGAUGAAUGUUGAUAAAAAUGGAGAUUUCGAUUUUGGGUGAGAAAAAUUAGGAAUAGGCGGCUGAAUUAUACUAAAGUACCAGAAAUUUUCUCCAAGUUUCGAACACGAAAGACUGCUAGAAUCUCACUAUCACUUUCCAUGACAGUUUUGUACAGUACUGCUUUAACUUUAGGAUUUUUUAGUUCGGAAUUAGAGAAUUAAUAUUUCGGGGUGUCGAUUGGACCGAGAAGAUACAAAAAAAUUCCUUUGUAUGAUAGAAUGAGAAGAUUAAAAAAUGAUUGUGUACAAAAUUAAACAAUUUCAAUUUAUACAGGUGAAAAUAUAAAAAAACCCGAAUUUUGAGAUGUUCUUUUAGGCAUACGUUUUAAAAUGAAAAUUGUUUAUAAAUUAAUGUCCUCGAAAUUGAACAGUCUCACAUUUUAGUUUUUUUUCAAACGAUGUAUCAAUAAUUUGGCAAUUUUGUAUUCUUAAUCAAAAUUGUUUAUAUUUUUAUAAUUUAACUUGGUAACUAUUUUUUUAAGUAUCAUUUUUUAAUAUCAAACGCUUUCACAUUGAAAUUACUGAAUUUUGAACGCGUUUCUGGAACUGAUAUUUUUUCCCCAUGAAAAUUCCAUUAUUAAAAAAAAUAUAUUCUUUUUAAAUCAGACUCUAAACUAGCAUAGUUUUGAAUUAAUUUUUUGCAAACUGUACGAAUUAUUAGAAUCCUUUCGGCUACAAAAAGGUACUUUCGAAUCGACACCCUAAAUUUCUACCAGAGAGAAAUGGAUUUGACUUGUAUCCUGAAUUUCCUUAAUUUAUUUCCCUACUUAUCUUUUCCUUGUCCAAGUUUAAUUGACUAAAGUUGUUGUACUCACACUUUGGAGAUUACGUUUAAUGAUAAAACGUAUUUCUUUUCUAUGUAAAUAUUUUUUUAACAGUAAAUGACGAAAAAGAGAACUAUUGACGUAAUUAUUGUAAUAUGAGAUAAGGCGCAUGUCGACUUUUUGUGCCCAGAGUGAAUGAGAGAACUAAAAAUUAAUAAGCCAAAAUGGGAAUUAAGGUCCCAUGAAGCCGAAGGUAUUAGGAAUGAGUGAGGAUUUUGUCAAUUGCAUGAUAAGUGUUAAACUUCCAUAAGACUUCGUAACAGGUUAAAUAUGUAAGAAAUAAGAGAGUUCUUUUUUAUACCUUUCGGCACCUCGAGACAUUUUUUACAUAUUUUAUUACUAGAUUAAUUUAAGAUAUCAUCUUCGUCGUAAUUAUUCGCAAAAAUUGUAUAUUUUGCAUUUCAUUGACUUUUCUCACAAACGACGUUUCCUGAGACGAGCAUUUGAUGCAUUUGCGACCGAAUAAUACGUAUUUAGUCGAAGUAUCCUCAACCUCUUCAGGAAUUUUUAUUAUACAUUUAGAAAUGAUAUUUGAUAACCGACACUAUUUUUCAAUCCCAUACUCUUUGCUUUUAAAUUGAUGGAUAUUUUGUGUCCAUAAUGGUAUUUUCAGAGAAGAAUGUAAAUAUUUUGAUAAAAUAAGAUAUUUUUGAAGAGAUUUGAUGGGAAAUUUACGAUUCCUUACGUAGCCGUUGAAAUCAACUUCGCACAGUGCAGAGUAUUCUUUCCGUAUUUUACCGUGUAAAUAUACGCAUAACACAGCAUUAUAGACGCGAUGUUUUUUCCUGAUAUUAUUUUGUACAUUACAAAGAUCAACGUUUAUUUAUAUUAAAUAAUCCGUUUAGUGGGUAUCCUCAAUGAUCAGUACCGACAAGAGAGAAGGAGACUCUUGGAAAUAAUGAUCUCUUCCAUCAUUUUCGUAAACAAUUCUUCCUCGCAAAGCUACAAAAAUUUCAUGUUCUCGUCCGAAAAUUUAAGAUUAAUUUCUCUGUGGCUAGUUUUCGAUUUUUUCACAUUUUUCGGGUGAAGCGCAGAACGAGUUUCGCCAAGUUAGGCCUGAGUAGGACGAUUUCAAAAAUAGAAAGUAGUUCAAUUUUAGAAAUGCUUGAAAUCCGGAAUGUCGGAGUUUCUAGUUUUUAGUUUGAACUUGUUUAGCAAAGAAUUCGUUUUUACAUCUGCCUUCAGUAGUUUCUAACUUUUGAUAACUCGUACACCAGGCAAUACGUCAGCCUUUAUCAUUAUUAAUUUAUGCAAUUUUCAUAAUAAAUACUACAUUCAAAAAA